GAAGGUAUUCCAGAAGACACUGGCAGCAGCCCAGUGACUCAUGGGAAAUUUCUUGGAUGUUUUAAAAGUCAAGGGCUUUGUUAGGCAGUAGUAUUUGUAAACACAGCUCUAGAACAUUACUUGAAAAGGAUACUGCUAAUUUCCUCGAAGAGAUAUCCAGGACAAGGCGCUUCGUCAUCUGCAGUCGCCUUCAUAAGAGUCGGGAUCUGAGGAAACACAGGAAGCUAUCAGCCAAUCGCAGUGUAGGAGGCGGGAUCUUUGCAGUUACCAGUCAUGUCCGGGAGAAAUGUUUGGAUCAGUACCCGGGAGCGGAUGAGGCGAUUCCCGGAGCUGUUAUCCCGGUGUUCAGUAGAGGCAGCUGUUUAUGGUAAAUGUGUGGUUUCCACGACAACAGGCAAACAGGAGCUGAGGAAAGAUCUGUGCCUGAAGGAGUUUGAAGCUCUGAAGACCUGCUUCAUCAACGCUGCAAAUCGAGGGAGGAGGUAGAGGAAGAAUUCAAGCCUGGAUGUACUACUUGCUAUUAAUCCAUCUGUUUGUUCAUUCACUCAUCUUCAGUAAGUGUUUUAUCCUCAGGAUCAUGGUGGAUUCAAAACCUCUACCAGGAACACUGGGCAUUAGGUUGUGUUACAGCCUGGGUGGGACAUUGAUACACAUACGUUGAAAUGUAGGGGCAAUUUAUCAAAGCCAAUCCACCCAAGAGCAUGUUUUCAGACAGUGGAAGGAAACCCAAAUGGACACGGGCAGAAUGUGAAACUUCAUACAGAUGGUAACCGGAGUUUCCCUGCCUCCCUUCUGUGGUGUUUCCCUCCUCCUCCUGUAACCAUCAUCUGAUGUUUUAUUGAAAUAUUUGAAUCACAUGAAUAUGUAUAUCAAAACAAUGUUGAUUGUCUUGGUGCAUAAAAAUUAAAUCCUCUAUAUGGCUCA